AUGAUUAAAGGACUUUUUGCACAAGCACAAGCACAAAAUCAAGCUUUGAUAAAUCAACAAAGUGUGGCCAUCAGGAAUUUAGAGACUCAAGUCAGUCAACUCGCGCUUAACCAGAAUAGCCGAGCUCAUGGAACCUUGCCCAGUAAUACGGAAGUCCCUAGAGAUCUAGGUAAAGAACAUGUGAAAGUAGUGACCUUAAGGAGUGGGAAGGAGUUGAUAGAAAAAGUACCCAAGGAUAGUGCACCAAUUUUGACAGAAACUGAUGCUACUGCAUUGGUUCCUGUCGAAGAAAGACCGGUCCUACCCUUAGAAAAACAGGCUUUAGAGACCACCACUUCUAUCCCCCUUAGAUCAGACUUUCCAUUACUCUUUCCUAAGGAUGUUCUAGGAAAAUCAAAAGAAACUGAGGUUUUAGAGACCCCUAAGCUUGAUGUUAACAGUUCAUCUGAACCUCCGAAGGGCACCACAAAGACCCAAGGCAGUACAGACCCUUCUUGCUCAACUCAUCCAAGCAUAGGUGAGGCUAGACCUACCACCGUCACACUCCAAUUGGCCAACAAGUCCAUUGCAUACCCUAAGGGAAAGAUUGAGGAUGUGUUAGUACAAGUUGAUAAGUUCAUAUUUCCGGCAGACUUUAUCAUUCUAGACUUUGAGGCAGAUAAGGACAUUCCUAUUAUUUUAGGAAGACCAUUUCUGGCCACCGGAAGGACUUUGAUAGAUGUCUAA